GGAGAAGAAGACGCGGAAAAGGUCAAACUCGAGGCGAGGAGAAGCGGCGGAAACGGCCGGAGCGGCGACGGCAGCGGCCUCGGGAAGGGAGGGGGGGAGGAGCACGAGUGCGCAUGUGCGAGACUGUGAGGGGGUUCUUCUCCCCCACCCCCAGCGCACCAGGUUCAUCACAAGAGCACAGGCAGCCUAGAUCCUGCACCCGGAUGCUUUCUGGGAAAUACUGGAGAGCAGUUGGAUUAAGAUGGGCAACUCCCUUUAGAUCCUGAGGGUCGUAUGCAUGCACUUGCAGCGUGGAUAUUCUGUGUUCCAGAGAGUGCUCACACGGGAAGCCGUCCAAACCACAGCUCUCGUGGAAGGCCAAAUAGGGAACAGAUCCAUCUUCAUGUGCAAGCUCUGUAACUUAUUUUCCCCGAACCGGUCGGAGCUGCUGGGCCACGUCUCGGAGAAGCACGCGGAGGAAGGGAUUACGGCGGAUGACAUCAUUAUUCCACUCAGGCCUCUUACGACGCCCUCCAAUCUGAAUAAAAGCGGGGAAGAGCUUCUUGUCGUGAAGAGGAGAAGGGGUCGGCCCAAAGGAUCGACAAAGAAGUUUUGUGCUGAUGAAGAAUUGGUGGAAUGCAACACCAGUGUCCAAAACGAGGAGCCGCCACCAGGACCCGAAGGAGUUGGAGGAAGCCAGGCAGAGGUCUUACCAGGAAACUUAGCAUGUGGGAAAUGCAACUGGAAGUUCUCUAAUUCCCGGCAGCUCAGAAAACACAUCUGCAUCAUAGUUAAACACGAAGACCUUGAGGAUGAAGGUGAUCCAGGUAAUGAUUCCGAGGCUGACCUUGACAGGAGGGAAGAGGAGCGAGAGAAAGCGUCGAAGAGGCCCCGGCUACAGAGAACGGAGAAGAGCCUUUUGGCAAAGGACCCGGAUCAGGUCUCGGGAGCCAAGAACCCCAUUAUCAGUGUGGUUUUGACAGCCCACGAAGCUAUUCCAGGAGCUACAAAAAUAGUCCCGGUUGAGGCUGCUUCUCCAGAAAACGAACCAGAGACAUCCGCUUCGGACUCGCUACAGCGAAGAGGGUAUCAGGAAUACGCUAUUCAACAAACCCCCUAUGAGCAACCGAUGAAAUCUAGCAGGCUAGGUUCAACUCAGCUGAAAAUUUUCACGUGUGAAUACUGCAACAAAGUGUUCAAGUUCAAGCACUCCCUUCAGGCCUCCAUUCUUAAGUGAUCCCACACCUGCCAAAUCUGCAGGCCAGACAAGUGCUCGCUCCUGCAGGCCACGCCCAGCACCAUCAAGGCCAACCUGAACGUCCACCUGCGGAAGCACACGGGCGAGAAGUUCAGCUGCGAGUGCUGCCCUUUCACGUGCCUGAGCAAAGGCCACCUGAAGGUCCACGUUGAGAGGGUCCACAAGAAGAUCAAGCAGCACUGCCGCUUCUGCAAGAAGAAGUACUCGGACGUCAAGAACCUGAUCAAGCACAUCAAGGAGGCCCACGACCUGCAGGACCCAAAAGUGAAGGACGUGUUCGAUGAGCUGCGCCUGAUGACCCGCGAAGGCAAGCGGCAGCUGUUGUACGACUGCCACAUCUGCGAGCGCAAGUUCAAGAACGAGCUGGACCGCGACAGGCACAUGCUUGUCCACGGGGACGAGAGGCCCUUUGCGUGCGAGCUGUGCGGCCACGGGGCCACCAAGUACCAGGCGCUGGAGCUCCACGUCCGGAAGCAUCCCUUCGUGUACGUCUGCUCCGAGUGUUCCAAGAAAUUUGUCAGCUCCAUCAGGCUCCGCGCGCACAUCAAGGAGGCGCACAAGGAUCUGCCCGAGUCGCCCCUUUUCAACAGCUCCAUCAACCAGAGCUUUUGCCUGCUGGAGCCGGGCGGGGACAUCCAGCAGGAAGCCCUUGGCGAACAGUUGUCUCAGACGGCUGCCGAGCUCUCGUUCUUGAACUCCAAGGUGCUCUGUAUACCAAAGAAAACUAUUGAGCCAGACAAUCCGGAGGGAAGCCAUCCCGAUGGCUCCAGGGACAAUUUAGCAACCGCUCCUUUAGAGCUCCCGGGUCCAGAUCCUCCUUGCCAGCCGCCAACCGAAUCGCCAUCCCCAGAUGGUUGUGCGCAGAGCGCUUCGGAUGUCUUCCUUCUGAAAACAGCUCCAGAGGAGGAGAAAUCUCUUCUUGGAGAGGGAGAAGACACCUCCCACGAGCCCUCAGUAGAAGUACAGUGUGAAAGUGCUGAUGUUAACAGGGACGCCCAAGAUCCCCGGGGCACGCCCGAUCCUGCCGAAAAUGGCCAAACGUCUGGUGCGCCUGGGCAGGAAGAUGGCGCAACGACCCUGGAAACGGCAGAAACCUCGAACCCGCUCCCGCUUCUGGAAUCAAGCGCAGCCGCCGGCGAGAAUGCCGAGUCUUCCGCGCCCUCUUCGGACCAUCGGACCGGAGCCGCAGCUUUCAUGCAGAUCCUGGAUAGUCUCCAAAAACGACAAAUGAACACAACCUUGUGUGAGAAGAUCAGGAAGGUCUAUGGAGACUUGGAGUGUGAAUACUGCGGGGGAGCAGAAACCCACCGAAGGGAGACGAGGCUGGAGGCGGCAGUGAGGCUUGACUGGUGGGGGGAGCAGGAGGAUGAGAGGGGGCUCACAGGCAGCUGCAAACAGCCAAAUUCACCCACAGCCAGACUCACAAUGCAGCAGAUCUGGGCAACGCCCCAUGCACAGCCUCUUAAAGGUGUGUCUCAUCACAAUAACCGUGCCGGCUUUUCAUACCGCCAGCUGUACUUCGCAUCCCAGCCUUCCGGUUAUCACCUUGACAAAAAGAGUUAUUCCUGCCCUGUGUGCGAGAAAUCGUUUUCCGAAGACCGACUUAUAAAAUCACACAUAAAGACAAACCACCCAGAGGUUUCAAUGAACACCAUCUCCGAGAUCGUCGGCAGGAGGGUUCAGCUGAAAGGGCUGAUCGGAAAGCGGGCGGUGAAGUGCCCCUAUUGCAAUUUUUAUUUCAUGAAGAACGGGUCAGACCUGCAGCGUCAUAUUUGGGCCCACGAAGGCGUCAAGCCGUUUAAGUGCUCCGUUUGCGAAUAUGCCACUCGCAGCAAGAGCAACCUGAAAGCUCACAUGAACCGGCACAGCACCGAGAAGACGCACCUGUGCGACAUGUGCGGCAAGAAGUUCAAAUCGAAAGGCACCCUGAAGAGCCACAAACUCCUCCACACCGCAGACGGUAAACAGUUCAAGUGCACGGAGUGUGAUUACACCGCUGCCCAAAAGCCGCAGCUUCUACGGCACAUGGAGCAGCACGCUUCUUUCAAGCCUUUCCGGUGCGCUCACUGCCAUUAUUCUUGCAAUAUCUCUGGUUCCCUGAAGAGGCAUUACAACCGGAAACAUCCCGACAAGGAAUAUGUCAAUGCAGGUUCUGGCGAAUUCGCCGCUGAAGCUCUUCUCCAACAAGGUGGUAUUAAGUGCCUGGCUUGCGACUUUGUGUAUGGUACAAAAUGGGAAUUCAACAGACACCUGAAAAACAAACAUGGACUCAAACUGAUAGAGCUGGACGGGGAGAUAAAGUGGGAGUCCACUGCAGAAAUUUCUGGGGAAACGGCCACCCAGUAUCUCCAAAUCACUGAAACAGAAGAUGCGCAAGGAACGGAGGCGGCAGUUGCUGCCCUGCAGGACCUACAGUACACCACGGAAAACGGUGGACAACUUGAACCUACAGCGGUGAACAUCCUACAGCAAAUCAUCGAUCUGGGCUCAGAGCCCCACGAUGCAGCUGCUGUCGCCUCCAUGGUGGCCAUGGCCCCUGGAACCGUGACCGUCGUGAAGCAGGUCACGGAAGAGGAGCCGUCCUCCAAUCACACCGUCAUGAUUCAGGAAACGCUGCAGGAGGCGUCGGUGGAGCUGUCAGAACAGCAUCAUCUGGUCGUCUCCUCCGACGAGGUGGAAGGGAUCGGGACAGUGACCGUCUACACCCAGGGAGGAGAGGCCUCGGAGCUUAUUGUAUACGUGCAAGAAGCCGUGCAGGCUGUGGAAGAGCAGACGGUGGAGGAUGAACUGUCUGCUCAGAAGGUCUAGCCACGGCCUCCAAACAAGGGGAGCUUUGGGGUUCUGCCAAACCAAAACACGUUGCUAUUUCCCAGUGUGUGUUGAAUGGCAGAGCUCAGCAGGGUCUCUUGCAGCUUCUAGUCCAUAGGUGUCAAACUCGCUGCCCUCCAGAUGUUAUGGACUACAGUUCCCAUCAUUCCCUGCCAGCAUGAUGCUGGCAGGGGAUGAUGGGAGCUGUAGUCCAUAACAUCUGGAGGGCCACGAGUUUGACACCUGUGUUCUAGUCCGUUGUCUUUUUAAGAUUUACCAGGAUUGUGCGUUCUUGUGGAUGGAGCUGGGGACUUCUGGUGCCAGGAGAUGCUCCUGUUACCUUCUGAACCCCACACAGCUUCUGUUUAAGAAAGCCCUCCUCUUUUUAUACUUCAAAAGACCCCCUCUUCUUCUCACAAGCAGCUCCUGAAGUUACAGCCUGCAAAUCUACAGUCGUAGGUAACCACAACCAAUUCCUUCUGGGAUGAUAAGCAUUUCCUUUUGUCUUUUGGCCAGAAAGCCAAAAUGUGAUGGGUUGUGACCCUAUUAAGGCCACUUUUGUAUCUUCGUUGCUGUUUCGCUUAUGUGCACUUUAAGAAGACCGGCACAGUUUCCAGCUGUGGGCCACAUCUGGGUCUCUACCUAUUUUUUGAAGGCUCCGAACGGGAUGCUGGCUCUUCCUGCCCGCACAGCAACUGGGAAGGGCCCAAAUCCAGCUCCCUCCCUCAAAAACAAGCCAAGGUCCAGCUGUUUCUCUCCCCCCCCCCCGCUGCACAUAAUGGCCUUUGAACUUUUAACCAUUUUUUGAGUCAGAUUGUCCAGCAAAUUUAUUAAGCAGCUCAAUGUCUGCCUGGAGAGCUCCAGAGAGCCAGUUAUUGGCCUCCUACCUCUCCUGUUGGCUUACCGU